CACAGCCGCUGGUGUCAGUAAUGUAGAUUUUAGAGAUCAAAACAUCGGAGUUUUUCACCGUUUCUGAAUAAAAUAACGUCCGUCAGUGGGCUGUUAACACCGUCACCGACCCGGGACAAACACGGUACACUACCUGUCUACCAGAACGAGCCGCCGGGAACCAUGUCUGCGGGCUCCGGGAACAGAAACACGAACACGGAACCGUGGGGAAGCUUCGAUGAUAACCUCAUCCAGGGCGGCGGCUCGGCCGUCAUCGACAUGGAGAACAUGGACGACACGUCGGGCUCGAGCUUCGAGGACAUGGGAGAGAUGCACCAGAGGAUGAAGGAGGAGGAGGAGGUGACCGCCGAGGCCGCCGCCGCCGAGGACGACCCCACCGAGGACGGAGAGUUCCUCGGCAUGAAGGGGAUCAAGGGCCAGCUGGGCCGCCAGGUGGCCGACGAGGUGUGGCAGGCGGGGAAGCGUCAGGCCUCCAAAGCCUUCAACCUGUACGCCAACAUCGACAUCCUGAGGCCGUACUUCGAUGUGGAGCCGGUUCAGGUCCGCAGCAGGCUGAUUGAGUCCAUGAUACCUGUCCGCAUGAUCAACUUCCCCCAGAAGAUCGCCGGCGAGCUGUACGGCCCUCUGAUGCUCGUCUUCACUCUGGUGGCGAUCCUGCUGCACGGCAUGAAAACGUCAGGCACCGUCAUCAGGGAGGGCACCCUGAUGGGAACAGCCAUAGGAACAUGUUUUGGUUACUGGCUGGGCGUUUCCUCCUUCAUCUACUUCCUGGCGUACCUGGUCAACGCUCAGAUCACCAUGCUGCAGAUGCUCUCCCUGCUGGGUUACGGUCUGUUUGGUCACUGCGUCGUCCUCCUCAUCACCUACAACAUCCACUUCCACUUCCUGUUCUACGUGCUCUGGCUGCUGUGUGGAGGCCUGUCCACGCUGCGCAUGGUGGCGGCUCUGCUGUCUCGUACGGUGGGUCAGACUCCUCGUCUCCUCCUCUGUGGGACGCUGUCGCUGCUGCACAUGCUCUUCCUGCUCUACCUCCACUUCGCCUACCACAAGAUCGUAGAAGGGCUGCUGGACUCUCUGGAAGGACCCAACAUGAUGCCGAUGCAGCGGGUGGCCAGAGACGUGCCUGAACUGACACUAAACGCCACAUUGAGGAGCCUGGGGCCCCUGCUGAGGGCCCACUGAGGCCCUCCACACAGAAAACAUCUCUUCAUGUUUAAGUUGAUCAGUUUCUCUAUUUGUACAUUUUUUUAUUCUCUCUGUCUGUGAUAUUUUGGGUUAUUUCAUGUUCAGAUGUAUUUAUAGUUUCUGUACAGAGACUCUAAUAAACUUUAUGGGUCAACGUGUUUGU